AUGCGGACCAACGAGGUGUGGCACGUCCGACACGGCGAGCGAUGUGACGAAGUACGGGGAGAAGAGAGACGGGCCUGGGAAAAGUCACCCAGAUGCAAGGCAGGCGGGUGGUUUGAUCCAUUCCUCACAAGCUACGGUCAUGUGCAGGCGUGCAGAGCUGGACAACAUCUUAAAGGCCUGCCGUUCAACCGGCAGCAGAAACAACCGGGGAGCUUCGACGUCGUGUUCACAUCGCCACUGGUUCGAGCCGUGCAGACAGCUGUCUGCAUCUCGCAGAGCCUCGGGAACCUCCCGUUGCAAGUGGUGCCAGGUCUCUGCUCGUGUACCGCUGCGCUGAGGCACAUCGGCUACUCAAGCGCCGAGGCCACUCUUUUGACCGACGAAGACAUCAUCGAAGCUUUUCCGGGGGUCACCAUCGUGCCUAGGGAUCCGCUUGCACCAACUUCAUUUGGUGGUGCUGCCUCGUGGCUAGCCGCCAAGGCCUGCGAGAAGCAAGGAGCAGGCAGCGAUGGCGACGGUGAAUGCUUCUCGCGCGUCUUGGCUGUGGGGCACAGGGAGGGCACAAGAGCGAUGGCAGGGAGGAAAGUACCCACUCCACACUGCUGCAUCGGCAUAUUCAAGGUAAACGCACCGGAGAAAAAGUUGUGCACGUACGAGAUACACGACCUGCUGUCGAACACAGGAAAGUCGCUCAAACCCAAGGGAGAAUCACCUUACGCGAGACCGACUUCGACCAUGAUGGAAGAGGAAAGCCGUCCGAGGAAUGAGCAUGAGGACGGCGGGGGCGAAGUAGAAGCACUGGCCGCAAGGGUAGCUGCAUUGACUGUCAACAUGAAGGGCCCGAAGCCCAGGGCUAAGAACCAUUCUGGAGCCAAAGAGGAUGCUCAGCGACGGGCAAGCACUGGCAGAGGUGCUAAUUCUCGCGAAAACAGUGGGGGCCGUCAAAAUGAUCAGGAUAGACGCUCGUCGUCGAGGCCUACGGGGCUGAUGCGAAGGCUGCGCGGCGCUUCCAAGUCGUUGCUGUCGGCGGCGGGAACAAGCAAGCAACCCAUAGCUGGGAGAAGCACUGCAAGCGGCCCGCAAGCAGGUAGAGGGAAAACGACAGUCCCGGAGAUUUCGACACAGAAGUCUACUCGUCGAUCAACAGGCAAGGGAACAGCUGUUGGCGUAGUAGGGGGGGGGAAAGGUGGUGGGGCAGCAAGUGGAGGCGGGGAGCGUAUAACGGAGCCACCACCGCGGCGAACGCCCGAUAGCGGCUCCCAGAAAGUCUCUUCUACCACGACAAUGAAAGGUGAUCUUGUUUCCGGUGGUCCUGUGUCUGCGGCCGGCGGGGGGAAGAACGUUGCACCACGAGAGGGCUCCCUCGCCGGGCGUGGUUUUCGCGUCGCUGUUCACCGUUCGUCACGACGUCGUGCCGUGGGCGGUGGCUCUACGUUUGCAGGGUUCUUAGGGGUUCCGGUCGACGUGCUCUGCGGCUCAUCUGGCGUGCUCUCGUUUCUGUCUCCCACUGAGCUGUGCACGGCGCAAGCGAUCUGCACCUCGAUUGCCCCCGCCACAAUGAACGAGUAUCUCUGGGGUGAACUGUACGCGCGGCUCCCAGAGGGUCUGAAGAAUAGGAGCAAGGGUGUCCUUCCCGCAGGUGGAGAAAGCGAAAUUUACCCAGAAAAAGCAGCAGCACACGUGCACCCUAAGGUUCUCUUCGCGAUUGCUGUAUCCAUCGCCUCGUCUAUGCACGCUGCCAAGAUUGCCAAGAAGGUGGCAACCGUAAAGAGGAGAGUCGGAGUCAUCUACAACCUGCGCGUCUCGGUGGUCGCCAUGCGUGGGGACAUUUCGGUGACAAUUAACGGCAAGUCAGUUAGUGUUGUGCAGACAACAGGCGCAAAGACAGGGGCAUGGGUCUCUCGACCUAACAUUGUGAGCGAGCCGUCUGUCAACCACAACGGUGUCAGGACCUUCUCUCUGAGCAGCUCCGCGAAAAUUGACGUACCCACGAGCCUUGAGACCGUGAAGGACCUUCGAUCGAUGUGUGUGGCUCUUUCCUGGCCCGGCAAGGAGGCCACCUUGCUCCCACGGAUUGUUGUGGCCCGAAUCGACGAACGGCCUGUUCUCUCACCGGCCCGAGCGCUCGGAAAGAGCGUUGAUAACGCUAUUGUACUGUACGACAUUACGGGGAGCAGCAGCAGCAGCUCGAGCAGCAGCGAAAGAGGCGGUGGUCAUACCUGUACCACGAGAACCACUCCCUCUUCUCCCGUGCGGCGCGGCUGUGCCCUGCUCGGAGUGCUUCCAUCCGGCAGCCACGGUGGUCAACGGGACUCCGGCACAGAUGAUGGCGGGGUUGCUUUUUUGACGGUUCACUUCCCUCAUGAGUUGCUGCUUGACGUUGCAACCCAUGGUCCAAGGAGGGCGACAGAGAGGAAUGUUCCUAGCGGCGGCAGCAGUACCCGUGGCCGGUAUCUCGGCGACGACUCGGCCGGCCCUGGGCACGGCCUCGAAGGCUUUGCGACUGCGCUCGGCCUGAGGACGGCGGGAGUUCCCUUAUGGGAGAAGGCAUCGACCGCUGUGGAUGGUCGUGUCUGCCCGCCGCGCAACGUGGCGCCCCAGCUUCAGCAAUCUCCCGUGGGCGAUGACCCCGGAGCUGCAGUGGUUCGUAUCGAUAUUUUGCACCCUGGCGCAAACAAUGCUGCAAGUUUCGGUGGUGGUGCGGCGGCCGUGUCUGACCCGGAUCGGACACUCAGCUCUGGCCCCGGGGUGCCCUAUUACACGCCAGGCGGUCUGUCAGGCACUGUGGCGGACGUGCUACUGGCGGAUUUCACUCUCUACGACCCCGACGGCGCCUCUAUCUGGGCCUUUACAUUACCCAUCGUGUUCGCAGCCUGUCCAGCUGAGGGAUCGGCACCUAACCCCGGGGGCAGUUCGAGGGAGGAGGACGACGACGAUACCAUUGACAUGGCACGCAGGGAACUUCGGGAGGAGCGGCGGCGUGGCAUCGUGACGGAGUCGGGGGUGGGCAGGGUCAUCGUCGAACUGGCGUUGGUGGAGUCACCGACCGAACGUGAUGAGAACGAUGUCGUAGGGUCAUCGCAGAAGCGCUCCUGCCCGGCUGGGCAUAUGUGGGUAGUUCGGUCGGCAAGGGUAGAGCUUGAUCUCGGGUUCGUGAACACGUGGUUCGGCACAAAACACGGGAGUCCCUAG